AUGAGCAUGCCGUUCCGUCUCAAGCCUUCGGGCCUUAAAAGAGCCCUUUUCCAAAAGACCUCAGUAUCAUCUCACAUCGCCAACUCUGCCCGCACAACGAGAUGUCGUUCCUACGCUACCUCUACCUCCGAGCGCCUUCCGAAGAUCGCAAACACAUCAGUCUGGACGGCCAUGGUGCCCAGGUUCAUGAUGAGGAAUCGCAAGGCACGCAAAGCUGGUGAACCCAAGGAAUGGAAUCCAGCUACUUUCUAUAUCGUCAUGUUCACAUUGAUCGGCUCGCAAGCCAUUCGCCUGCUUACGUUGAAGAACUCAUACACCACGUACUCUCGCUCGGCCGAUGCCAAGAUCAAGUUAUUGAAAGAUGUCAUUGAGCGCAUCCAAAGGGGUGAAAAGGUCGAUGUGGAGAAAUUGUUGGGGACGGGCGACGAGACAAAGGAACAAGAAUGGGAAGAUGUUCUUCGGCAAAUUGAGGAGGAAGAUGCUCUCUGGCACGCAAGACAAAAAGCUUUGAAAGAGAAGGAAACCCCUGCUCCAGUGGUUGAAACGAAACAGCCAUCCACGCGUGAGACGCCAAAGGAUGAAGAGACUGCGAAGAGCACGCAGGGAAGUCGAAAAGUCAACUUCUUCUAA